ACUCGGAGUGGGUGCGUGCAGCGGGUGCCACUCUCUACGCACUGAGAGCAACAGACCCCUCGCCUUUAACUCUCUUGGAUAAGGCCAUCCCUGAUCGUCCCGUUAUUUUGCUCGAUGAUCUGGGGCAUGCUGUGUGGGUGAAUAGUCUGGCACUGGACCUUGCAGGCAUAUCAAAAGAUGAUGUAGACCCCCCGGGCGGUAUAUACGAGCGAAGCCCUACCACCGGAGCAAUGAGUGGACUAUUGCUGGAGAAUGCGCAGCAGAAGGCGAGGGAUGCUUCGGCUUUUGAUGCAGAUGUUUUGUAUGACGGUUUGCUGCUUGGUCUGGAGUUUGUGGCUUCUAAAG